AGUCACGAGAUGUCCAGCAAUCUUUUACGAUCAACUGCUAACAAAUGUUCGCGGGCGGUUUGUUGUAGCCGCGGAAUGGCUAAAGACAUCAAGUUCGGCAGUGAUGCGAGGACUCUGAUGCUGCAAGGAGUGGAUAUUCUUGCCGAUGCUGUGGCAGUUACAAUGGGUCCAAAGGGCAGAAACGUCAUCAUUGAACAAUCUUGGGGCAGUCCCAAGAUUACCAAGGAUGGUGUCACUGUAGCCAAGGGAAUUGAGCUCAAAGACAAAUUCCAGAAUAUAGGAGCAAAGCUGGUGCAGGACGUUGCCAACAAUACAAACGAAGAGGCAGGCGAUGGAACAACUACAGCAACAGUGCUGGCAAGGGCAAUUGCCAAGGAAGGCUUUGAGAAGAUCAGUAGAGGUGCAAAUCCUGUCGAAAUUCGAAAAGGUGUGAUGGUUGCGGUGGACUGCGUGGUUGGUGCCUUAAGGAGUCAGAGUAAGAAUGUGACAACUCCGGAGGAGAUCAGCCAGGUGGCUACCAUCUCUGCCAAUGGAGACUCAUCCAUAGGAAAACUCAUCUCACAGGCGAUGGAGAAGGUGGGUAAGACUGGUGUGAUCACAGUGAAGGAUGGCAAGACUCUCUCGGAUGAGUUGGAGGUCAUCGAGGGUCUCAAGUUCGACAGGGGGUACAUCUCGCCCUACUUCAUCAACACCCCAAAGGGCGCGAAGUGUGAGUUCCAGGACUGUCUGAUUCUGUUCAGUGAGAAGAAGAUCUCCUCGGUGCAGUCUCUCAUCCCUGCCCUGGAGAUGGCGAACCAGAUGAGGAAGGGACUGUUGAUUGUGAGUGAGGAUGUAGACAGUGAGGCCCUCACCACUCUAGUCCUCAACAGACUCAAACUGGGACUACAGGUGUGUGCCGUGAAGGCGCCUGGCUUUGGGGACAACCGGAAGAACAGUCUGAAGGACAUGGCGAUAGCGACAGGGGGGGUGGUGUUCGGGGAUGAGGCACUGGAGCUGAAGAUGGAGGACAUCAAACAGCAGGACUUUGGAGUGGCGGGCGAGGUAGUGGUGACUAAAGACGACACUCUCAUUCUGAAGGGGAAGGGGGAGGAGGCGGCUAUUAGGGAGAGGGUGGAGGAGAUCAGAGACCAGCUGGACAACACCACCUCCGACUACGAGAAGGAGAAGCUGAACGAGAGAUUGGCCAAACUGUCCGACGGAGUGGCAUUGCUCAAGGUGGGAGGGUCGUCGGAGGUGGAAGUGAAUGAGAAGAAGGACAGAGUGACGGAUGCUCUGAAUGCCACUCGUGCAGCCAUAGAAGAGGGCAUAGUGCCGGGGGGAGGAACAGCACUUCUCAGGUCCAUACCCGCCCUCGAUACCCUCAUCCCCCUCAAUGAGGACCAGAGGAUGGGGUUCGACAUUGUGAGACAGGCGCUGAAGAAGCCGUGCGAGACCAUCGCCAGAAACGCCGGAGUGGAAGGCAGUCUGGUGGUGGAGAAAGUAUUGAGUCAUCAAGGGGAGGGGAAGAUGAGUAGUUGGGGCUAUGACGCCCUCACGGGCGAGUACAAGGACCUCACUCUGGCGGGCAUCAUAGACCCGACUAAGGUGGUGAGGACGGCACUGGUGGACGCAGCCGGAGUGGCCUCCCUCCUCACCACAGCCGAGACAGUGAUCACAGAGUCCCCCAAGGACAGCGAGAAAGAGGGGGCAAUGGGUGGGAUGGGGGGCAUGGGUGGGAUGGGGGGCAUGAUGUAGAAGAUCCAACAUCCUCUACAACCCUCCGAGCUCCCUCUCCCUUUUCUCUCUCUCUCUCUUUUUCGCUCUUGACAACUGGACUGCCUCAUUCUACACUUGACCUCAAAUUGGAUUCGCUUCAAACUGAAAACAAAACAGAAACUAAGCCAAAAUGUACCUAAUGUAAAACAUAACAUGACAUCUAUGAACAAGAUUUUUGCGAAUUGAGUUCUCCGAAAAAACAGAAAGAAUGAUGAACUGACUGAUCUUUAUGGGAAGUGAAUUCCUCUUUUGUCUACGUGGUAAAUGCAGUUGCAUUGAAUGCAUACCAUUAUAUUAAGUGCAAUUGAAAUGGUUGGACUCAUACGAUAAUACACUGGACAAUAUAUGUGAAAGAAGUUGUAAAUGGAUUGAUUUUCUGUAUUUGGACUUUGUUAUUGAUAAUGAUGCUGAAAAAAUAAAGAGAAGAUAUGUUUUCUCUGACAAGCAUGGCUCUGCUCUCACUCAAACAUACACAUACUGCUGUAUCAUUGUCUGUUUUGUGUGCGUGAGUGUCUUCGCUUCUCUCUCUCUCUCUCUCUCAGUGAGCUACUACAUGAAGAUGAAAUGUAAUUCUACUUCUUUCUGACGUGUAGAUUGAAGACGAGGAGGAUAAUUUAUUUUUUCCACUUCUA